UGCAUCUGGCGGUGCGGAGAAGGUGGGAAGUGCCCAGGCCCCUUCUCCGCGCGUCCAGCGGGAGGUUUUGCUUGUGGACCCCACAGUAUGAGGACUCUUGGUGACUCCAUGCUGGAGGAGAAAGAGGAUGAAGCAAAUCAGCCUUUGCAGUGGUAAAACAUUGAGGAAUGUUUGUGCAGAAUCUGAGGUGGAAGAAUUCUGGUCUCUGCAUGUCUUUACUAUUCCCUGGAACUUUCAAAGAUGGUUUGGCUGCCUUGGAGAUUUGGAGAUCUGAGGCCACGAUGAGGACUUACACACGGGGGGCUCCCAGUGUGUUUUUCAUAUGUUUACUUUGCCUCGGGUCAGCCUACAUUGCAGCCAAGAACCUGGAAGUCAUGAUUCCCUUCACCAAUGCCAACUACGACAGCCACCCCAUGCUCUACUUCUCCAGGUCAGAGGUGGCAGAGCUGCAGCUGCAGGCCGUGAGUUCACACGAGCACAUCGCAUCCCGGCUCAUAGAAGCUGUGCACACCAUGCUAUCCAGCCCCUUGGAGUACCUCCCUCCCUGGGACCCCAAGGACUACAGUGCCCGCUGGAAUGAAAUCUAUGGCAACAACCUGGGCGCCUUGGCGAUGUUCUGUGUGCUGUAUCCUGAGAACCUCGAAGCCCGGGACAUGGCCAAAGACUACAUGGAGAGGAUGGCAGCGCAGCCUAGUUGGUUGGUGAAAGAUGCUCCAUGGGAUGAAGUCCCGCUUGCUCACUCCCUGGUGGGUUUUGCCACCGCCUAUGACUUCUUGUACAACUACCUGAGCAGGAUGCAGCAGGAGAGGUUUCUUGAAGUGAUUGCCAAUGCCUCGGGAUAUAUGUAUGAAACAUCCUACAGGAGAGGAUGGGGCUUUCAGUACCUGCACAAUCAUCAGCCCACCAACUGCAUGGCUCUGCUCACGGGAAGUCUUGUUCUGAUGAACCAAGGAUAUCUCCAGGAGGCAUACUUGUGGACCAAACAAGUUCUGACCAUCAUGGAGAAAUCUCUCGUCUUGCUCCGGGAGGUGACUGAUGGCUCCCUCUAUGAAGGGGUGGCCUAUGGCAGCUAUACCACCAGAUCUCUGUUUCAGUAUCUGUUCCUUGUGCAGAGGCACUUUGGCAUCAACCACUUUGGCCAUCCUUGGCUUAAACGACACUUUGCCUUUAUGUACAGAACCAUCUUGCCAGGGUUUCAGAGAACUGUGGCUAUUGCAGACUCCAACUACAACUGGUUUUACGGUCCAGAAAGCCAGUUAGUGUUCCUGGAUAAAUUCGUCAUGCGUAAUGGCAGUGGAAACUGGCUGGCUGACCAGAUCAGAAGGAACCGUGUGGUGGAAGGUCCAGGAACCCCAUCCAAAGGGCAGCGCUGGUGCACUCUGCACACGGAGUUCCUCUGGUAUGAUGCCACCCUGAAAUCAGUUCCCCCUCAAGAUUUCGGCACCCCUGCAUUGCAUUAUUUUGAAGACUGGGGGGUUGUGACUUACGGAAGUGCACUGCCUGCAGAAAUCAAUCGAUCUUUCCUUUCCUUCAAGUCAGGGAAGCUUGGGGGACGUGCAAUAUAUGACAUUGUCCACAGAAAUAAAUACAAAGAUUGGAUCAAAGGAUGGAGGAAUUUUAAUGCAGGGCAUGAACAUCCUGACCAGAACUCAUUUACUUUUGCUCCCAAUGGUGUACCUUUCAUUACUGAGGCUCUCUACGGGCCAAAGUACACCUUUUUCAACAACGUUUUGAUGUUUUCUCCAGCAGUGUCAAAGAGCUGCUUUUCCCCCUGGGAAGGUCAGGUCACAGAAGACUGCUCAUCAAAAUGGUCUAAAUAUAAGCAUGACCUGGCAGCUAGCUCCCAGGGGAGAGUGGUUGCAGCCGUGGAGAAAGGUGGGGUGGUGUUCAUCCGAGGAGAAGCUGUGCACGCUUACAACCCCCAGCUGAAGCUGAAGAACAUUCAGAGGAAUCUGAUUCUCCUCCACCCACAGCUUCUCCUUCUUGUGGACCAGAUACAACUGGGGGAGGAGAGCCCCCUUGAGACCGCAGCAAGUUUCUUCCACAAUGUGGAUGUUCCUUUUGAGGAGACCGUGGUAGAUGGGGUCCACGGGGCUUUCCUCAGGCAGCGAGAUGGUCUGUAUAAAAUGUACUGGAUGGACGAUACUGGCUACAGUGAGAAAGCAACCUUUGCCUCAGUGACAUACCCUCGGGGCUAUCCGUACAAUGGGACAAACUAUGUGAAUGUCACCACGCACCUCCGUCGGCCCAUCACCCGGGCAGCGUACCUCUUCAUAGGGCCAUCUGUGGAUGUGCAGAGCUUUAGCAUCCAUGGAGACUGGCAGCGACUGGAUGUGUUCAUAGCCACAAGUGAACACGCCUACGCAACUUACCUGUGGACAGGUGAAACCGCAGGACAGUCUACCUUUGCACACGUCAUUGCAGAUCGCCAGAAGAUUCUGUUUGACCAGAGUUCAGCCAUCAAGAGCACCUCUGUCCCUGAGGUGAAGGACUAUGCUGCUAUUGUGGAACAGAACCUGCAACAUUUUAAGCCAGUGUUCCAGCUGCUGGAAAAACAGAUCCUGUCCCGCGUCCGGAACACAGCCAGCUUUCGGGAGACUGCUGAACGCCUGCUAAGAUUUUCAGAUAAGAGACAGACGGAAGAGGCCAUUGACAGGAUUUUUGCCAUAUCCCAGCAGCAGCAGCAGCAGCAGCAGCAAAGCAAGUCAAAGAAAAAACGACAGGCAGGCAAACACUAUAAAUUUGUGGAUGCUGUCCCUGAUAUUUUUGCACAGAUUGAAGUCAAUGAGAAAAAGAUUAGACAGAAAGCUCAGAUUUUGGCACAGAAAGAAUUACCCAUAGAUGAAGACGAGGAAAUGAAAGACCUUUUAGAUUUUGCAGAUGUAACGUAUGAAAAGCAUAAAGAUGGGGGCUCGAUGAAAGGUCGGUUUGGACAGGCGCGGGUGGUGACAACUACUCACCACCGGGCCCCGACACUGUCUGCUUCCUAUACCAGACUGUUCUUAAUUCUGAACAUUGCAAUUUUCUUUGUCAUGUUGGCGAUGCAACUGACUUAUUUCCAGAGGGCCCAGAGCCUGCACAGCCAAAGAUGCCUUUACGCAGUCCUCCUGAUAGAUAGCUGUGUCUUACUGUGGCUCUACUCCUCUUGUGCCCAGUCUCAGUGUUAGCACUUGAAGCUAAGAAUUUCUUGAUCAUUUUAUGAUCACAAAAAAUAAUCGUUGCUCCAGUUACUGAAAUUUCUUUUCUUAGAUUCAUUUUAAUAAAAAUAGGGAAGAUAUUUUUCACAUAAGAAAGAAGCAUAGAGAAAGCAGAAUUGGAGCCAGCAAAUAAUGUAUCCAAGGAACGAGAAUAGCUUGAUUGUCCCCUGGUGUUUCUGGAAGGGUCUGACUUUGCCACUUCAGCAGUCCUCAUAGUACUACUUUUAGAAGGAACAAAAUGUCUGUUUUUUUAAGUAGUAUUUUUCUUAAAAGAAACAAAGAUUUAGAUAAAACAAUUUUUAUUAUCAUUAAUUUAAUGCUAUUAGUAAUUUCCAGAUACUACAUUACAGAAAAGACUGAAACAUACAGUUGUAAGAAAUAUACAUGUCUGAAGAAUGGAUGGCAGGAUUUGUCGUUACAGGACCCGGAUCAUUAUUCAUAUAAUGUAAUAAAGACGAUGGUAGAAGAUCGCUAAAAACUUCUUUGUUUUGAGUACCAAACGCAUAUCUAUAAAUGAAUAUUUGGUUAUAUUUGUCUAUGUAAGCAUGUAAGUGUUUGGAUGAAUGCACUUUUGGCUUUUCAAUAAGCAAGACAAUUACAGAUGGAAAACAUAGAUCUACUGACUAAACUUUUCAAAAUAAAACAUUUUGUAACCUGAAUUUCAAUACCAAAGACUGUGGGGCAUCUAAUCUGGAUAUGAUUCUUAUGUUUUUUUAAUAGAAAAAGUUAUUCAAGUUUAUUUUGCUAAAUAGAUCAUAAUUGGGUUUUUUUCUAGUGUGUUUCUUCUGUGUUCUUCAAAAUGUAACAUGUUCUCCAAAAUCUUUUUUUUCUUCUAAAAUUUUUGAAGAGAGAUAUUGUUUGGACAUGCAUUAAUUAAACUUACAAAGUAGUGUUUUAUUCAAAAGAAGUAAUUUCUGUACUUUUUUACAUUUUUGUUGUUUAAACAUUUUAAGUGUUAUUUUUUAAAAAAGCCAACUUAGGGGCCACGACUUAGCUCCGUAGUUCUACCACCUGCCUUGUGAGCACAAGGUCCCAAGUUUGAUCCCUGAUACAGGAGAAAAAAAAAAAAAAAAGCCAACCUUGAAUAUUUAAGUCACACCAAACUUUUAAAAACUGAGUUUUCUUAGUUACUUGCAUUCACGUCUUUGGGAGGUAACAGCAACACAAUACUGAAGAUGAAACCCACAGUUUUAUGAUUAAGGCUAAGAAAUUGAUAUGCUUAAAAAGAACUGAAAAAAUAAAUUAUCUUACAUUUAGGAUUUGGGGUCUGAUAUAGUUGUUCUUUGAAAAUAGAAAAUGUAUUUGACCUCAGUUUUGGAGUACAGACACAUUCACUCAUUUACAGGUUUAAUGUAAAAGCCUUUCUUCUUAUUUGUCCUUUUUAUUCCCAUAAAUACCAGUAUGUAAUUAAAAAACAAGAACUCAGACAAUUCUUGUGAGGACCUUUUUGUAGUUCUGAUUUUGAUUCUUUACGUUAAAAAAUACAAGUUUGACUUUUAACUCUGUACUUCAGUCAUUAUUCGUGGAAUGAGAAAAUGAUUCUGAGGAAUCAUUCUCUCCCUGGGGAGGAUGUCAUUACACACUGUUUCAAAGAAUAAUGUUUUUAAAAGAAUAAUGCUUCCAUUUGUCCUGCGUGGAUUCUCUUACUAGGAUUUAAACUUGCCUUAUGUGACAGACUCUUUGUCAACAUUCCUCUCUUCCACUCUUUCUCAUUCAAAAAGAUGAAUUGUCUGACAGGAUCAAAAGGAAAUGUUAAAAAAAAAAAAAAAAAGGGAAAAUUACUCUUCAAGGCUACCAGGCAAACCUGAUCUCAAACCUGAACUCAGUAUGCUUUGUAAUGGAGAUGAAAAGUGCAAGUAACUGCCAAAAUCAGCUUUUCCUUUGUUUUUGUUAAGCUAAGGCUAGAUAAUGUAUCAGUCACUGUGAGCUGGUCUAACACAUUGCCUCAUUUUAGAAGUAAUUUUUUAAAGUACGGUAAUAUCCCAGUUAAAGAAUGCUUCUGUUUGCAAACAGUUUGG